CAGACCUGGUUUUGUACGUCACAACUUUUUCUGUGGGUAAAGUCCAUCACAUUCGAAAAUAUUUGAAUUUUAUUUAGCACUUGAUGCAAAGUGCAACUAGACAAUUUUUUGACCAAGAAAGACCUGCCGCCACACCGGCACCUCCUCGUUCAGUGGCCCGUGGGGUAGAUAUAAAAAUAAUCUGAAUAUAACGAUGAAAGAUGAUGCUGGUAGCCUCUUGAAAUCAUUGGGUAGCUCAAAUAACUCAAGCAUAAUUAUUAAUGAAAUAGGAAAUACUAUACACGAUACAAUUGCAAUCAGUCACAAUGAUUGAUGUGUUACGGUCAUCCGUCUCUUCGGACAUCGACACCCCCCAAUUCCGCAUCUUCCAUUCGAUUCCUCCUUCCGGCGUAAAAAUUAAAAAGAGAUCAUCAUUAUAAACCCAUCACAGAGUUCCCUCCAAAUUCACCUGCCUGCGAGGAACUACCCCUGGAAGAAAGUAUUUCUAAACUCCUCCCUUCCCAACCUGAAGGCUAAAAUUCUUUCGCUCACAAAUUUAUUUUUACGUCACAUUUUUGUUAGUUGCAACUGAUAUUCCGUUUUUAUCCGAUAGUUACUUGAAGUUGUCUAUCGAUACCAAAAGGCCUGCGAAUAGCCAACAUUCGGGCGAAUGUUGCCACUCGUGCGCCGUAGAAAGAAGACGCUGGCGCUGUUGACGACGUCCGCCGCCGUUUCUCUUGCCUAUCUGAUCUUUUACAGUGUCCUGCUGGUCGAUCCUGAUGAAAGUGACAGGAUUAAUGACGUCAUCGGCGACGGUGACAGUUUGUUUUUAUCGACGGCUUACCCGUUCGUCGAUUGGACACAAGUCAACAUGGACACGCUCACCGGAGAGCAACUCACCGACUAUUUGUCUUGGUCCAAUUCCGGUGCUUGCAAUUUAGUUCAGGAUUUUGGCGGAGUCAUGAUUUCCGUCGACAGCAUUCCAGCGAUUGACGGACAGAAGGCCGUUUGUCUGGACAGGCCCCAUCUCGCUCCAUCUCUGGGCGGAUGUGUCGUCUACUCGUUUGGCAUCAACAACGAGUGGAGUUUCGACGAGACGAUGGAGAAAUACGGAUGUCAAGUGUACGCCUUCGAUCCUUCCAUGAAUAUUUCCGAUCACCACCGUUCCGAGUGGAUCCAUUUUUAUCGGAUCGCUUUGGAUAGCGAGGACAGUGAAGUCUGGAACGGCCGGUCGGGCGUCAAAUCGCGGACACUGGAAUCCAUUUACAAGAUGUUGAAUUCCGGCCAUGGCGAUGGCAACGACGGAAUCAUUGAUUAUCUGAAAAUUGACGUCGAGACGGCUGAAUGGCGGGUCUUACCUCAGAUCGUUGAAUCCGGAAUGAUGGACAAGGUGAAGCAAUUGAGCGUCGAAAUCCAUCUGCCCAACGGAAGUGACGACGAAAAUGUGGAUCGAAAUUUCUCGCUGGACGAAUAUCGCAAGCUGGCCGGCAUCCUCCAAUCGCUUGAAAACUACGGACUAGUCCGUUUCGAUUCCAAGAGGAAUCCUUGGUCGGUCGGUGUGGGAAAAGCCACCGGGUUGUUGGGUGACGACGCUCCUUUCGCUUACGAAAUCGCUUGGUUUAAUAGCAAAUUAUUAGCCAAUCAACCAGAGUGAAAACCUGCUUAGCUGAAUUUAGAUAAUGAAUUGAACAUUUGUUGUAAUCGAUUUUUACUGUCAAUACAAACGCGUUAUUUCAUCCAUUGAAUUUCAAAUCGCUGAUGUU